GUAUAACGUGAUGACGUCGUGUUGUAGGCUCAGCUAUGAUGGCAGCCGUGGGUUGACAUCGAUACGUUACUGAAUAUAAACUAUUUAAAAGUUAGCGGAAAACCCCUGACAUAAUAACGUAGAACAAAUUAACAGUUUUCUGAUAGCACACACUUAAACACACCAGCCCGGUUUGGGGAACGGUCAGCAUGUUGGGGUAGGUCUAUGAACCAACUGUCUUUCCUUGCAUCCUUCUCUUUACAUGAAGUGGCACUAUGCCCGCAGCUACUGUGGAUCACAGCCAAAAAAUAUGUGAGGUUUGGGCCAACAACCUGGAGGAGGAGCUGAAGAGGAUCCGACAUGUCAUCCGAAAAUACAACUACAUUGCUAUGGACACAGAGUUUCCAGGUGUAGUAGCCAGACCAAUUGGAGAGUUCAGAAGCAACGCUGACUAUCAGUACCAGUUACUGCGCUGCAAUGUGGAUUUGCUCAAGAUAAUCCAGCUGGGCCUUACGUUUAUGAACGAACAAGGGGAAUACCCUCUGGGAACAUCAACAUGGCAGUUCAAUUUUAAAUUUAACCUCACAGAAGACAUGUACGCACAGGACUCCAUUGAGCUCUUGACCACUUCAGGGAUUCAGUUCAAGAAGCACGAGGACGAAGGCAUCGAGACGCUGUACUUUGCAGAGCUGCUGAUGACGUCGGGAGUGGUGCUCUGCGAUGGCGUCAAGUGGCUGUCGUUUCACAGUGGCUAUGACUUUGGAUACCUGGUCAAGAUUCUGUCCAACGCUAACCUGCCUGAGGAGGAGGUGGACUUCUUUGAGAUUCUUCGCUUGUACUUUCCAGUCAUUUACGAUGUCAAGUACCUCAUGAAGAGUUGUAAAAACCUGAAGGGCGGGCUGCAGGAAGUCGCUGAGCAACUGGAGCUGGAGAGGAUCGGACCACAGCAUCAGGCCGGCUCGGACUCUUUACUCACAGGCAUGGCUUUCUUCAAGAUGAGAGAGAUGUUCUUUGAGGAUCAUAUUGAUGAUGCAAAGUACUGUGGUCACCUGUACGGGCUCGGCUCCGGCUCCGCCUACGUCCAGAACGGAACAGGGAACGCUUACGAAGAAGAGGCGAACAAGCAGCAGUCGUGACAUCCCUCUGAAAGCUCGCCCGCAUGCACAAUCAGUGCGGCGCUGAAGCCGAGCUUUCGCCAAACGGAUGAUGUUGAUAAUGGAAGAACA